AGAGCCAAUCAGUGGGAAAACGGGCGAGCCAGUGAGGAGGCAGUCAUGGCGAGCGAGGGCAGCCAGACCAGGAUGGUGGGCAGCUUAGCGUGCCUGAUGGUGCUGCUGGCGCCAGGUUUGGCCCAGGACUUCACACAGUUCGCCCAUGACUAUGCCCCCUACCUGCGCUUCGACCAAAAGGAGGGCAACAGUAAUCUCUGUUUCCCGCAAGACGCCGCCGAGUACUACGGGGCGCGGUUGGUUGGAGACUGGGGAAGGAAGUGCAACACAGACUACAACUCGCUGGUCAACGGUGACGUUCCCACCUACUGGCACGCCCAGACCUGCGGUUACCACCUCCACAUAGCUUACUGGAACUUCUAUGGCUAUAACCACGACUGUGACUGCUGCUCCGGGGAGAGGAACGCCUGGUGGGAGUUUAUCGUCAUCAAGGUUCGUGAUUGGGAACUCCUGCCGCACCUACAUGAGGUGAGGUUUGGCCAGAAGUGGGGCUGGUACACGAGGAUUCCCGGUCACUACGAGACCUACGACACCACUCAUCCAGUGGCCUACGUGGGCAAGACCAACCACGGCACCUACCAUGACGACGGUGGUACUGGCACCUGCUGCUACUACGAGGACUUCCGCAACACUGGCAGCGCAAACAAGAACUUAAAGACGUGGAUGAACCUGGUGGAGCUGCAGGAGGAGGGCGGGGAGGAUUGGAUGAGCGACCCCGGUACCGACUUGUGGAGUGGCAUCCAGGUACCCACCUUCAGGAGUGACUGGGACCUAUGUAAUCUCACCGGCUGUACUGGAUCAAUACUCCAGCUGUGUGGGACGUGUGGCUGCCACAAGAGUGACACUGGAGACGAUCACUUCUAGUGUAACAUCACACCAGCGGCCCUCCAUACCUGUAAACUUCACAAUCAGGUCUCCCACAAAUGUUUCUUUACAUGACAUGUGCCAUUGAGCGUCUGUAAUCUCUAUUAUAACUACCAUGUGUCUCACAUGUAAAUUCAGUUGCUUCUGAAGAUGUCUUGUAUAAAGACAAAAGCUAAGGUG